GUGCGUAAGCCCCAACCAAGUUGACAAAAUGGGUUUUCACAUGGGACGACAGCUGCUACUCUCUGGUUUCUUGCUGGUGAUGCUCCAGGUCUUGUCCCAAACGCAGGCCAGGCCACAGGAUGUGAUCACGAUUGCCGGCGACGAGACGGAGGUGGUGAUCAAGCAGGAGGGCGACGGCGACGGCGACGACGAUGACUCCUCCUCCGAGGAAACAGUCGAGGACUCGGAGGAAAGCAGGCGCAGACGUCGCGAGGUGAAUACGGACAACACGCCAUCGGCUCGAGGGGUCAUUCCAGGUUUGCCAGAUCCGGCCACCGUAAUCAAGAUCGCUGAGCUUUUUCAAUCCGUAGGCGAGCAAGUAGUCCCCAUCCUCGUGGAGGCCAUUCUUCCCAGCGUGGAUGAAACGGGCGAUCGCUUCGCAAGAUCCCUGCAAUUUCUGAAAAACUUGACACCUGGCUCUGAGUUGUUUGUCACCGAGAAGAACGAAUAGCCCAGCCAACAUAAAAGGGACAAUUGCAAGGAACUGUAACGGAAUUCGUUUGAUUUUUGUAUCUGCAUAGUGAACAAGUUAUAGUUAAACAAGUAAAUAAUAUUUGGUUUCUUGAUUUCAUAAAAAUAUCAUUGUUGAAAAAUCGGACUUACAAAUAGUAAUAGUUUCACUACAUAAAGCAUAUUGACAUAUAAGAGGUAUUUGUACUUUCGCUAAUUAUUUUAUUUCGGUUGCUUUAAUAUAUAAUAUUACAAAUUGCUUGCAAAGUUGA